AUGACGACCGCCCAUAGACCGACGUUCGAUCCCGCUCGCGGCAAAGAAGCCCAGCGAGGCCCGGCCUACCAUCAGCGACUGCUCCCAGCACACACCACACUCAAACAUAGACAGCCAGGACAAGGCGGCGACGCUGAUGACCAAACACGCGACCUGCGCGCCGAGCUUCUCGAGGCCGAGGCGCGUCACUUUGCAAAGAAGAACGGCACCUACAUCGAACCAGAAUCUGCGGCAGACUCCGGCAGCGCACCGAAGCGACAGAUCGAUGCCGUGUCAGCGACAGAAGAGGGUGAAGAGGAUGAGGUCGACUCGAAGCGGCGGCGAAUAGAGAUGCUGGAGAAAUACCGGGAGAUAGACGCCGACGACAGCAGUGACCAGAGCGAGAGCAGCGACGAUGAUGACGACGACGACGAAGAAGACGAAACAGCAGCCCUCAUGCGCGAGCUAGAAAAGAUCAAGAAAGAGCGCGCAGCAGCAAAAGCAAAGGAAGACGCCGAACGAGCAGCAGAAGAAGAAGAGCAGCGCGAAAUCGACGUCGCGCGAGGCAACCCGCUCCUCAAUUCCCGCGACUUCGCAAUGAAGCGCCGCUGGGAUGACGACGUCGUCUUCAAGAACCAGGCGCGAGGCACAGAGGACAAGAACAAGAAGAAGGAGUUCAUCAACGACAUGUUGCGCUCCGACUUUCACAAAAAGUUCAUGGUACGCACAUACAUCUCCAACUUCAACGCAAGGCUAACCAUGCGCAACAGUCUAAAUACAUUCGAUAAUCUUUUUUCCAACAUGAAUAUCAACUUGCAUUGCACCGCUGGAGUCUUGGCGUACGGAUCUUUUCUUUGGAAAUACUCACGUGGGCGCGUGAAGCGCAUGAGAGAGACCCUGGUUACCGGUAGUUUGGAGGCGUGGCGUGGGUUGUGGGUGAAGUGA